GCUCACAAGUCGCUACUCUUGUUGAAACCAACACAACUGAAACGACAACACAAUUGUCAGUUUACAGUUCCACAUCUUCCAACGGUGAUCAGGCCCCAUGGCACCGCUAUCGAUUUCUACUAAUUCCCGGCACUUUGGGCAUUUUAACUGUCGCCGGAAUUAUGGGAGCCUUAUGUGCAAUCUGUCGUCCAAAGGGAACAGCGCCAAACUGUUAUUGUUGUUGCGUCUGUAAAACGAUCCCUUCGGUUAACAAAAGCCGUAGCAAAAACAAUUCACACCGAAACAAAUUCACUAAUAACAAGAGUGAAGUUCCGGCUGCAACAAACCUCUGCAACAAACCGUCUGAAUCGCUCUGUUUGUCGCCAAGUCCUCAACCACAUCAGUGGCGCCUUGGCAUCGGUGGUGUACCACAACAUUUGUUUACCACAUCUAUUCCUUCACAGGCACAUUCCUACGCAACAGUAAAACCACGCAUGCAAAAUGGCAAUCUGAAUGAACAACCCAGAAUCGCUGGAAACAUUCCCGAAUAUGCUCUCAAAGUACUACCAGAAAACUACAAAAAACCGGCACAUCUUCUGUACAGCA